ACACACUCACAUAGUAUACUACAUACAAACAGAACAGACACCACCGCCUUUAACUCCCACUCUUCCACUUCACUUUCCACACUCAAACCAUCUCUCUCUCUCUCUCUCUCUCCAAAAUGGGUAACCACUCUCUCACCCUCCUCCUCCUCAUCCUCUCCAUCGCCACCACAAUCUCCGCCCACAACAUCACCGAAAUCCUCUCCUCCAACCCUGACUACUCCCAAUACAACAACUUCCUUUCCCAAACCAAACUCGCCGACGAAAUCAACUCCCGCCAAACCAUCACCGUCUUAGUCCUCAACAACGCCGCAUUCUCUUCCAUCACCUCCUCCCACCCUCUCUCCGUCGUCAAAAAAAUCCUCUCCCUCUUAAUCCUCCUCGACUACUUCGACAACACUAAACUUCACCAACUCACCAAUGGCACCACUCUCUCCACUACCCUCUUCCAAACCACCGGCAACGCCGUCAACAACAUCGGAUCCGUUAACAUCACCGACUUGAAAGGCGGUAAAGUCGGCUUCGGCUCCGCUGCUCCCGGCUCUAAACUCGACUCAUCUUACUCCAAAUCCGUUAAACAAAUCCCUUACAAUAUCUCCGUUCUCGAAAUCACAGCUCCGAUCAUCGCUCCCGGUAUCCUAACCGCUCCACCACCUUCCUCCUCCGUUAACCUUACCGCUUUAAUAGAAAAAGCCGGUUGCAAAACAUUUGCAUCCCUUAUAUCUUCCAACGGCUUAAUCAAAACAUUUCAAUCAACGGCUGAUAAAGGUUUAACGAUUUUUGCUCCGAACGAUGAAGCUUUUAAAGCGAAAGGCGUUCCAGAUUUAACCAAGCUUUCAAAUGCUGAAUUGGUUUCACUUUUACAGUAUCAUGCUGCUGCUAAAUAUCUUCCCAUUGGAUCUUUGAAAACUACGAAAGAUCCUAUUUCUAGUUUAGCUACCAACGGUGCCGGGAAAUUUGAUUACACUGUUACCACUGCCGGUGAUUCUGUUACACUUCAUACCGGAGUUGAUUCUUCGAGAAUUGCUGAUUCGAUUUUGGAUUCUACUCCUCUUGCUAUUUACUCUGUUGAUAGUGUGCUUCUUCCAUCGGAGCUGUUUGCUACUUCACCUUCUCCGGCGCCGGAGCCUGCUGGUGCACCUUCACCGACACCUGCUUCUGCUCCUUCACCGGCGGAUGCACCUACUCCAUUGCCAGCCUCGCCUCCGGCUCCGGCUGGUGAGAGUCCAGAUGGUGCUCCGGCUGAUGCGCCGUCGACUGCGGCGGAGAAGAGUACUGGUAAAUCUGCUGGUGUGAACGUGAAAGCUACUGGUGUUUUUACUGUUGCAGUGACUGCUUUGUCUGCUUUUGUUGUUUCGUUUGUUUUCAUGUCUUGAUUUGUAAUUUCAGAGUGUUCUUGUUUUAUUAUUUUGUAAUUUAUAUUUAAAAUUUACGAGCUUCUUUUUUCUUAUUUCAGAAUGUAAUUGCAUUGGAUUUUUUUUUAAAUUUUUUUUUUAUGCUAUAAUUUAAUUUAGGUAUGGACCGUUGUAAGUGAAUGAUGAUGCUUCAGUUUUUUGUACUAA